GAGUUACACCAUCCAGUUUGUUGGGGGUCUUUCGUCCUCAUUCCCUGUUUUUUUUCCUCGUCGUGUGUUUUGUCUGUGUUUCUGUUUCUCUGUGUGUGUGGUGUUUUUUUGAUAAGGACGUUUCCAAAGUUUCGAACUUUCGAACUUUCGAAUUUCGAUAUCAUCAAGCAUGUGAUAGAACUAGGGAACUUUAAACUCGUAAUUUUGUGUUAUAUUUUGUAUCUUUUGAAUUAUCGACUGACGCGUUCUGUGAUGUAUUCGUAUUGUAAAAAUUCAAACCAAUAGUUAAAAGUUUGAAAGUUUCCCAUGUAGUUCUGACUGACUUGUUCACUCCUCUUUGUGUACGAUCGGUCGAGUAUUCAACUUUGCAGGAAAUUACUAGUAGAAUUCCGGCAUCUGAAAUGGAUUCGGAAACUAAAAGUUCAAGUCGUGGAAAAGGACGCGGUAGAGGACGAGGCAGGAAAAAGGCCGCUGAAAAUGAAAACAAACCCCCGGAAACUCCUGCAAUACAGGAAGAACGCAAUGAACCCGAAGCAGUCACUUUGGAUAUGGAUGCAGAUAUCACUCAGCUUGAAGCACCAACUUUUUCCACCAUUAAUAAAGGUCCACCGGAACCAAUGCUGCGUUUAAAUUGGGAUCAUAAAACGCAUUUAAUCGGCGAAAAAGUAAUCAAUCCCAUGAUACAUUGUUGUGAUAAGUGCAAAGCUCCGAUUUUAAUUUACGGUCGUAUGAUUCCAUGCAAGCAUGUCUUUUGUGCAUCCUGUGCCGAACAAGAGAGCAAAGUUUGCCCUAGAUGUCAGGAGAAAGUAGUUCGUAUCGAUAAAACCGGUUUAGGUACUGUAUUCAUGUGUACUUUUGGUGGUUCGAGAUACGGUAAUACAGGUUGCAGAAGAACGUAUCUUUCUCAACGUGAUUUACAGGCACAUAUUAAUCAUCGACAUGUUACGGGAACAUCCCAAAGUAAAGAGAAUAUCAGUACUAAUCAAGUAAUCCCAUCUGUCAAGACAUCGUUGUCAUCUUCCAAUCGCCUUAAAACGGUAGCACAGCAUCAUGCCGUAGCGAACGACCCCAGAGUCCAGAACAAUAGCACGAGCGACUAUUUUCAUAAAAUUCACUCCUCUUCCGGACAUUCUACGAUGUCUUCUCAGCAUCAAACUUCGCGGCAACAGCAAUCUCAACACCAGCAUUCAUCGUUAUCGUCCCAUUCUCAAGAUUCUUUGCAUCAAGCCCAUCAACACAUCUUGCAUUCGCAAUCGAAUCAACUUCCAUCUUCUCAGAUGCGUUUACCGGUCAGUGGUUCGCAACAGUUGAUGCAAUCUGAUUUCGGUAGCCCUUUACUCGUUCCGAAUUAUCCUCCUCCGUCUACUCUUGCCGGAGCAGUUGGUUCAGCAUCUGGAAUGCGUAGUAAUCUCAUCACGGUGCAAUUAAAUGAUUCGAAUGUCGAUGCUGUCAACAACUCGAUUGGUAUGUCUCUGGCUGCUGGAUUCACUCAUCAGAGCUUUUCGCCUCAGUUUACUCAAACUUCUUCUAGUAUUCCGUUUCCUGUCCCUCCACCUGGUCAAUUACCCAACAUGGGACAACUUUCGCAAUCGCAUCCUCCGUAUUUUACCAAUAGCCCGGUAAAUUAUACUUCUGCUCCGCAAGGGCAUCUUAAUACGUUCAGCCCUGGUCAGCAAACGCAAACUAUUAUGAAUCAAACCAUCAUGUCAAGUCGUGCGCCUCCUAUGGUGCCACCGCCGAGAAGAUCCCAGUUUCCUAACGAACCGGUAAUGCAGCCUUUUCCUGUACCGCCUUCGCAUAGAUGGCAUCAGCCACCCAAUCAAACAAAUUUUUAUUAAGGGUUGAAUUUUAUAAAAGGCCUUUAUCGUUUUUUUUUUUUUUGGUUCUACUAGUAUUAUUUUUCAUUUCUUCAAUAUUAUUACGUGAAAUUCUUUUUUGUAUUACGGUUAUCUUCUUUGUUAGUUAUUUUGUACACAUGAUAAGUUUUGUAUGUAAAAGACAGUUUUUAUGGAUACCGAUUUCCUUCGAGGAAUUCAAUUUGUUAAGUUUGUAAAACGACGUUGAUAAUCAGCUAUAUUUACUAAGUAAAUCUGUACUCGAAUAA